AUGGGUAACAGUCCAUCUACUGCUAACUCGCCGCAAAAUAAGAGAGUGAGCCAGCUGGCCCACGAGCCUCGGAGCCGUCAGGACUCGAUUACGUCGCAGUUGUUCCGCAGCAGAAGCGCAGGACGACAUCCGGAAACGGACAAACACAAGCAGUGGAAAAUGCGGGUUCUUCCUAGCUCGCGGAAUGCGCCAAAUGUUACACCGGGCCCCCCCUCGGCGCAGUCCCCAUUCCGUAAAAACUACUCCCUGGACAUGGUCUCCGAACCAGCGGCUCCCUCCCAUUUCACGCUGAAGAAAAGUGCUUUGGGCAACCCGGCCCCUCCGAUGUGCAUCACGACAAACGCAAGUGCUGACGAAUCAUCUUCCUCAUCCUUACGAGACCAUUUGGCAGAGCUUUCUUUACAGAACUCUGAAAUACUACCAUCGACCGUGACCACCUCUUCAAGUGCUGUUGGCGUCACUGCAAACUUGAGAAACUCGGGCCAGGGUCAACCGCCACAUGUGGCAAAACUAAUUCGUGAAGAUGUUCCAUCUGAUCAUCUAUCCAGCAUCACUUCGCUCAAAAAACUACUGGUGGAAGGUAAGAUUGGCGAUCAGAUCAAUCGUGCUCCGUCCUCUAUCUAUAUUCCAAGAAGGUCUAGCGCCUAUUCUGAUGCUGACAUGUCUGAUGACGAGGGCGAUGAAGAAUCUUUGCUGCAGGGAUCUAAUGAUGUGCUCAUCAACAAUUCGGUUCUGGAAAAUGCAAUGAAGCGUAAAAGGAGUACCACCAAAAAAGCGAACGCUUUGGGAGUAUCCUGGAGCUCUCGUGAAACACUUCAGCACCCUGGUUUAAAGAAACUGAAGCCUGUCAGCGCAGAUGGGGAACGAACAAAACUUCCACAGUUUAAAGUGAUGCACGCACGUCCCAAGGAGGGCUCGAUGGACUUUGAUCUCAAUGGUGGAGCAAUGGAAUUUGAAACAACUGCAACCGCUAACGAUGUAAUAGAAAACACCGAAAAUGGCAGCGUGGAACAUUAUGAGGGCUCGAACAGUGCUGGCAGUUCACCAAUUCUGCAACCGCAAGAAAAGGUGACACCACAUCAAGAAGAGGAGAGCAUUGAUACGCAUGUUAUUGUGAAGUGGAAAGACAACAUUGUGGACCCAAAGACAUGCAAGAUGUCGAUAGUUAGUAAAGACAUUUUGGCCGUCUUAGGGACGCAGCACAAAUCCAAGAAAAUUCCGAUGAUUUACGAAGCCGAUUCUAAAUGUUGGACUGCCCCCAAUCUUUUUCUGCCUCCUGGAGUCUACAAAUUUCAGUUUCUAAUAAACGGGGAGCUGCGGCAUUCCGAUUUCUUACCUACUGCAACCGAUUCGUUCGGCAAUUGUGUGAAUUGGUUUGAAGUCAUUCGAGGACACAAUGUUAUUGAGCCCUCAAGAGAUGUCAUUUCGACAGGUAACAGCUAUUUUGAUCAUGACGACUUCCAUCCUCCUGAUACGCCUUCCCCAAGACCCGGGAUGAAAUCGGAUGAUUCCUCAUUGUCUAAUGUCAAGGGUUCUGCAAGACACAUAGAACGAACUGGGACGCCAUUCUCUGACUAUAUCGGAAUACACAGUAGAUCCGGUUCCUUUAGACCCCUGCUAAACCAGAAUCGCACCAGUAGCAUUGAUCUCCUAGCUCCUCUGCCACUCAAAAAGCAUGAAUAUAGUAGCGAAAUUCCAGAGCUUUUCAAAGCCAACUUUGACGAGCAUCCUGACUUGCCAGCCUACGAAGCGGACCAAUCAACGGGUGAUCACAAAGAUCGUCCAAGUUUUCUGCACCGUGUUCAGGAUUGUAAUCAAGAUGUUUUAUUUGCCGACCUGCAGCAAGAUGGAAAACUAGAUUCGCAAGCUGCAGAAGAAGCUUUUUUACGACAAUACCCAACUCCCGACCUACCUGUAUAUCUGGAUUCAUCGUUCCUUAACUCGGUUUUUAGCCGAUUUCAAAAGAAAAACGACUCUACAAGUAGAGUGAACCAUAUUGUUCCCCAUGUCAAUCUCAAUCAUCUGUUGACGAGCAGCAUACGUGAUGAGAUUAUCAGUGUCGGUUGCACAACAAGAUACGAGGGUAAAUUUAUAACACAGGUCAUUUACACUCCAUGCUACUACGGGAGCAAAGAGGAUAGGGAUAAUUAG